CACCAGAAUUUGAAGAAAGCCAGAAUUAGACGCUACUAGUAAGUAGGUUGUUCCCCAUUAAUCUACUUGACCUGUCCCCCCCUGCGCACACAGCUGGGAGGUGCAAGUUGCCCCCUGGCAGUGGAAACACAUCCACCAGCUGGCAGAGCCGCAGCACUACAAUUCCCAGCAAUCAUUGCGCACCCUCCCUGUCCCCCCCCCUUCUGCUUUCAUCUCCUGCCGCCCGCUAAGCUCCGGGUGUCCAGGCGAAGCGGGAGUCCCCAGGCGAACGCUGUGCUGGAGCUGCUGGGGUGUCUGGGCUCCAGCGCGGUGAGCAAGGCGGGCUAGGUCCUGCAAGCAGCCCCCCAGCUCGCAGCAGCGGCUUUCAGCUGCAGGAGUGGAAGCGCCCUUAAGCCUUCCACGCCGCCCCUUGGCUGGAGAGAAGCGGCGAAUGAAGUGAGGAUGGUUAUCCGGGUGUUCAUCGCAUCCUCCUCUGGCUCGGUGGCGGGCACUGUAACAAACAAAAUAAAUUCUACUGAUCAUUACAAAUUACUGGAGGCUUUUAAAAAAAAAAUCCACAGACCAACCUCAGGACAAAGGCAUAUCUGCAAGAGAGACUGUGGACUUUGUUCCCAACUGAAGAUUUGUGUUUUCUCUUCCUUUGGUCUUUUAUUGUGCACUGUUUGUGUUCAGAUAAAGAAGAGGCAGCAAGAUGUGGUACGAUUUCUGGAAGCCAACAGGAUAGAUUUUGAAGAAGUGGAUAUCACAAUGUCAGAGGAAAAAAGACAAUGGAUGUAUAAAAAUAUUCCUGAGGAAAGACAGCCUGCACAGGGCAAUCCGCUGCCACCCCAGAUAUUUAAUGAUGAUCAGUACUGUGGAGAUUAUGAUUGCUUUUUUGAAGCAAAGGAAAGCAACACGGUCUUCUCCUUUCUAGGGCUGAAACCUAGCUUGGCAUCAAAGGAGUCAGAACCCUAGAAAAAUUCUUUGAAGAUUCAGCAAGCACAUCUGAAUGAAAAACCUUGUUCGGCACAUGACUGCUUUCCUAAUGGCUCACUGUGAUUAAAAAGCCAAUGCGAAUCAUCAAUAUUUUGCUUGCCAUGGAAGAGGUGCUUUCCAAAGAUGUGAAAUUAAUGUGUACACAAAAUGGGAUAAAGGGUGAGAUGAUACUCCUUUUUUUAAAAAAAUGCCCACUCUUAAUGUUUCACAUUUGUCUAUGGAUUACAUUUUCACUGGCUUUGGUAUUCUAGCAAAUAAUCUAUUUAACUCUGAAGAUGGGUGGAUGUUGAGGAAUGGAAGCGUAAAAUCUGUAUGGUCAUGGAAGGGGAUCUGGCAAGUAUGUGAAUCCUUUAAAUCUUCAGCUACUGCAGUCUGGAUAAAAUUAGUUUAUCAUGACAGUUAUAGUUUUGAUGGUUAAUGGAAAGCGGUGCUAGUUACGAUACAGAAGAUGAAAAACAGCAUGAACUUGGUCUAUGCCAAAAACUGCAGAUUUCUGCUCAGUAUAUUUACUGUGCUGUCUAUGCUAGAACAUGUUUAUUGCAAUAUAUGUGGGCUACUAAGCUCUUUCAUAAAACAUUCACAUUACGAUUGGCCGUUAAAAAAACAGUGGUUAAUGGGAAGGGGACAGAACUCAAAACUGAUGCUGUCUUGACAUCCAUAGGUGGUCCCCCACACACACUGCAAUAAAAUUGUUCUGUUGAUGUGUUUGAAAACAGUUAUUUUGUUGGCAAGUACACUUUAACAUGCGAGGUGUGUGUUAAACUUGUGCGUAUUGCAGUUGAAAAGACAUCAUACAAAGCCAUUACGUAAUAUCUGUUAUUUGGGUAUGACUUUCCACCUCAAAUUUUAGAGCUCAUCAUUUGUCUGCUUUAAAAGAUUUCCAAAGUUAUGGGUCUAAUUCUGCUUCCCUUAAUCACUUUGAAUAGAAUUCAACUCCACCAUUAGCCCCAUUGAUGUUGGUAGAACUACUUCUAGAGGUAGGGCUCGAUCUUGCAAAUAACUUAAACACAGCGGUUGUCCCCAUGACUUGAAGGUGAAAUCUGUUAAAGACAAUGGGAUUGCUCACAUGUUUAAAGUAAAGCUGGUCUAUAAAUGCUUUGCUGGAUAAGGCCACAGUAUCUGACCCCUUGCAGGAUCAAAGAAGCAUCAGUUACUAUUCAGUGUGAAUAAGGGAAGCAGAAACUGCCCCUGGGGAUUACCCUGAUGUAGCAGAGCCCAGUCUGCUAUGAUUUAACCAUUUUUAAAAAAUUGAAAUUGAGAGUAGACCACUUAGCAAAUGGAUUGUCUGUAAUCUAGUCUAAUUGCAUUUAGCAAUGGGAAUCCCUUUGCCCUGUUAAAAUAACAGCUAUUGAACUUCAUAAAUGUAGCUUCUGCUUAACCACGGGAACUUUCUUCCAAAACAAUUUGAUGGUCAUUUGACUGUGCUAGUCCAGUAAGUAUUCUGGCUUCGCUGGGCAAAUGGCACAUGGCCGCUAAGUGUGGGGGACAGCUUUCCUGCAGUCACCGGAAUGCCCCGGGCUAUAUUUGGUGGUGGCUAAGACACCUGUCAGAUACCUGUGGCUGGAAGACUGUUUUUGCUUGUAAGCAUGGAAGUGAGCACAAAGGUGACCCACUCUCCAUAUAGUUACUAUCCUAUAUGUAACAAUUUCCAUAUGCUACUAUAACAAGUACAGUAGUUUGUGAAAUUGGAAGACUGCUGGCUCAGGUCAGGUGUGAAUAAAGAGGCACAGAGAUAAUUCUGCAGGACUGACAUCCAUAGCUCUGUCAACUGUUACUGCUUUUUUGAAGAGAGGUGAUUUCCCUUCACUUAAUUAGCAUUGUCUCAAUUUCCACGUACUCCACUCAAAACUCUGCGGCUGUGUUUGUAUUAAAAAGAAAAUGCUAAAAAAAAAUUUUGUGAACAGAAUUCUGCUUUUGAUCUUCUC